GCAACCCUGUUACACUAUAGACACUGGUCCCACCUCUUCCUGAAUGAUUGAUCUGAGUUCAGAAUUGAGGAGGAAAUUGUAAUAUUUCUUACAAAAUGGAUUGGUUAAUCUCCUUUGCAGUGUGCCUGUCAGCUUUCCACACUGCGCUUGGUUUUAACAUUGAUCCUGUGGCCUGGAGACAACUCUCUUCACCUGCUGCCGGGUUUGGCUACAAGGUGGUGCGGCAAAGACGCGGCUUAUUGGUCAGCGCCCCACUGGAGCAGUAUUCACCAAACAUGAGAGGACAAAUAUACCAGUGCUCUACUUCAGGAUGCGUUCUUCUACCACUUCAAGCGCCAAAGUUUGCUGUUAACAUGUCUCUUGGUUUGACGUUGACAAGUGACCAGAGCUCACACACGGCUUUGGCAUGUGGUCCAACCAUUCCCAGAGACUGCAAAAGCAUCACCACCUACAAUGGUGCAUGCUGGAUGAUAAACAGCAAUAAACAGUUUGGAUCACCCAUGCCCUCAUCUCUUCAAGAGUGCCCUUCCAGAACAGACGUUGCAUUUCUGCUGGACGGCUCAGGCAGCGUUUCAUUGCAACAGUUUAGAAUCAUGAAGCAGUUUGUUAAACAGGUGAUUGGCUCGCUACUAAGAGAAGAGACAAAGUUCGCCAUUAUCCAGUUCUCAUCAAACACCUACAUUCACUAUCAUUUUAAUCAGUUUAAAACCUCUACAAACUGGGAGAAUCAAAUCGAUGGAAUUAAACAAAAGCAGAGGGGGACAAAUACAGCGAAAGCCAUCGAAACAGUUGUGAACGACGUCUUUGUUGCUUCAAGAGGAUCCAGACCAAACGCGAAGAAGGUCUUGAUAGUCAUUACUGAUGGAGAGUCUAAUGAUAAGGCAUAUUUGAAUACUGCAGCAAAGCAAGCUGAAUCAAAAGGAAUUAUUCGAUUUGCAAUUGGGGUGGGCAAUGCCUUUGUCACUGAUGGCGCAAAGAAGGAGUUGAGGAAGAUUGCAUCAUCUCCAGCGGAAAAGCAUAUCUUUCGACCAGGCAGCUUUGAAUCUCUUGAAACCAUCAGGCAGAGUCUGCAGGAUCAACUUUUUUCUAUUGAAGGAUCCCAGACUGGUGGGGACUCACUGAAACUAGAAAUGGCCCAGGAAGGAUUCAGUGUGGCAUUUGUUCCUGAAGGUGGAAUUCAAAUGUCCACUGUUGGUGCAUUUGAGUGGGGAGGAAGCUUCCAGGAAUAUUCAGCCGGAGGGCAAAUGACCUCCAAGCCACAGAUGGAUAUGGAGCCUAAUAGUUACUUGGGUUACUCCAUGGCAGUUGCCAAAAUUAAGAGUGGCAUCUUAACAGUUGUAGGCGCUCCCAGAUAUAAACACAGAGGGGUGGUCAUGGUGUUCUUCGAUGAAACCCGUACGAUUGACCCCUUUCCAUGGCAGUUUCAGAUUGGUUCUUACUUUGGGGCAGAAAUUUGUGCCAUGGACGUGGAUGGGGACCAAAAGCGCUACACUGACCUCAUCCUCAUAUCUGCACCGAUGUACCGGGAGAAUGAUCGAGAGGGCAGGGUUUACAUCUGCACAUUUACUGGCUCAAUUGUUGAUUGUCAGUUUGAGGCCCCCAGAAUGCUGAGAGGUGUAGAAGAUGAAUUUGGAAGGUUUGGGUCUUCUAUUGCUCCCCUGCCAGACUUAAAUGGAGACAAAUUCAAUGAUUUGGCUGUUGGGGCGCCUCUGGAGAAUGAUGGCCAAGGAAGUAUUUAUAUAUUCCAUGGUGAAGGUAGAGGAACAAUCAACCCAACGUACUCACAGAGAAUUGCUGCUUCCGAUGUUAAGAGGGGACUUCGUUUUUUUGGUCUGUCAAUUAGUCAGUUUUUUCUGGACCUUAGUGGUGACAGCCUGCCUGACUUAGCAGUGGGUUCAAAGGGAAAUGUUAUCUUACUCAGAUCAAAACCGAUCCUGAUGGUAAACACAGAGGUUUCAUUCAUCCCACCCCAAAUCCCCACCACCGGCACAGACUGCACCAGUGCCCUGAAGAAUACCGCUCAGAUCUGUUUUACCAUAACUCCAGAGUCUGCAAUAAAGACAGCUGAAGCGACAAUUAAUUACACUUUAACGCUUGAUGUCACUCGCAAGGAGCCAAACAACCGAGCCUACAUCCAGCUAAAAAAACGACAUGAGAGCAAAAGUUUUACCAGUAAUAUUGGACGGAAGUGCUUUUCCCAUGACUUCCUGGUUGAGGCUUGUCCCGAAGAUGUUCUUAAUGAACUUUCCAAUGAGCUUAAGUUCACUUUCGAAGGUUUGCCAUCUCAGGACAAACUCAGCCCGAGUCUUUCUCAGCAGGCUGACACGACGUCCAUUCAUCCUCUGAGGUUUGAGAUCAACUGUGGCACAGAUAACAGAUGUGUCGACAACCUUCGUGUGGAUUUCAACUUCACCAGCUCUUCAGCUGUCAAAGUUGGUAUUGAUGAGCAGUUGGAUGUUAUGGUGUCAGUGGAGAACAGAGAGGAGAACUCUUACAACAGUCGCAUCAUUCUGACCUACCCUGCUGGCCUCUCCUACAAGAAGGUUACUGCGCUGCAGGGACGAGUGGAGUGCAGCUCUUUGGAUAGUGAAGAUGGUCAAUCCCGGGGACACACCGACUGCACUGUUGACAAGCCUAUUUUUAAAACCAAAGCCAAGGCUUUCUUUGUUGUCUCCUAUGGGAUAGAUACCAACGGCCAACUUGAAAAAACUGUACUUAUCACUGCAAACGCCACAAGCGGAAAUACUGAGCAUUCACAGAGAAGUGAACUUUACAAAAUGAAAGAAAUCGAUGUGAAGUACAGCAUUUUUGUUUCAUUUGCAAGUUCAAGCAGCUACAGCAACUUCACCUUUGGAAAGAAUGAUUUGCAUAAACCAAUUCAACAGUCAGUCAUGAUUUCAAAUUAUGUGAGAGCCUUCAAUGUGACCAUGGUAAUGAAAGUACCUGUGAAGCUGGGAGACAAAGACAUCUGGGUGGAUCCCAAUAGCUUCCAGAUUCCAGGCUGUCAGAGAGAUAAAGACGAGGAACCCACUACAUCAGAUUUUGUUGACGAGAUAAAGAAAACCCGUAUAGUGAACUGCUUCACGGCGAGAUGUAUGGUCUUCAAAUGCAGCAUGUUUAUUGGAAAAGAUCAGCGCUGGUUUAACAUUUCUGCUAACCUUAGUUCAGGAUGGAUAGAGCAGAUUGGACUGGAGUCUGCCAAAUUCCUCCUGAUAAGUACAGCCACUGUGGAGUAUGACGGAGACAAAUAUAUCUUCUUUUCAACCGAAUCCCAAAACAAUCCUCCUAUCCGAAGGAUUGAAACUGAGGUCGAAGUUUUUCCUGAAACAGACCUGACCAAAGAGAUUGUUGGUGGGACUUUGGGAGGGCUGUUCAUGUUGGCACUGAUCACCGCUGGCUUAUAUAAGGCUGGAUUUUUCAAGAGUAACUACAAGCAGAUGAUUGCAGACACAGGAGGCGAAGAUGAAGAAGAUCAAAAUGAAGAUCAAAACGACACAGCAGAAACAUGAGAGUAUUCUGAAAGGAUUCUGGAAAUGCCAAAUGCACGCUCUUUAGCCUCCCUUAGCUCCUCUUAGCUCACCUCAGACACACCUAAGCAAACUGAUCAGUUACAUUCAAAACCUCCAUGACAUCAGUGCAAAGCCAGUCUAACAUUGGUGUCAUGAAGCGUGACCGGUUGAUUUGGUUGUUGCUUACUUCUGCGCCCAAUCAUGCUGUUUU